AUGCCUUACGACACAGCAUUAAUGGCAGAUAACGGAUUUGACGAUGUGAGUGCUUUAAUACGACUUGGAAUGAUAAGAAAGGUCGCCGGUAAUGAUGAAUAUGGUUUUCAAAUGCACCAAGAACUAGCUCAUAAUGUUUCCACCGUAGAUAGAGGUUCUAUAUCGUGGGAUGACCCACUCACAUCACACACGCGGUUUGGGAGAACCCGUCUUAUGUUGAGGAAAAUCAUUGGAGGGAGAUUAACGGAGGUCAUAUUUCUGUUUGUAUUUGAUGCUUGUUCUGAAGACACUAUCAAACAGAAAACGGUUCGCCUUACUUGGGAUUUCAAAAUAAAUUGGAACACAGUACUGAAAAACGAAGAAAAGCCACCGCCGCCUGGUGUUGAGAAAAGCUUUUGGUUUGAAGCAGUUAGCCAUGACACUGGUCCAUUGGAUCAAUGA